CACCUCCGGCUGGGCGGCAGUGGGGUGGUCGCCGGACGGCAACAUGGCCGGCAGCGACGCGGUGGUUGGCAAUCUCGAGGAACGGGCGGCGGACGGCACAGAGGUCAACGGGUCGGGCCUGCCGGCGGCUUAUAAGCUCGUGUCGACCUCCGCCGGCGGCCAGGAGCGCGUUGGGGAAAUGAGCUCUUUCCUCGGGGGGGCAAAGGGCCGUGCGGUGACAGGCGCCGCGACUAUCCUCGAAUUCACUCGCACGGAGGGAUCUGGAAACGUGCCAGUGAAGCUGGCGGGCCCGUCCAACAUCAUCUUUGCGUACUCCGGGGACAGCUCGAGAACUUUUGGUUAUCACGGCCUAACAAGCCAGCACCCAUCGGAGCACCCGGGAGCGAGCCAGCACCCAUCGGAGCACCGGGGAGCGAGCCAGCACCCAUCGGAGCACCCGGGAGCGAGCCAGCACCCAUCGGAGCACCCGGGAGCGAGCCAGCACCCAUCGGAGCACCCGGGAGCGAGCCAGCACCCAUCGGAGCACCCGGGAGCGAGCCAGCACCGAUCGGAGCACCCGGGAGCGAGCCAGCACCCAUCGGAGCACCCGGGAGCGAGCCAGCACCCAUCGGAGCACCUGGGAGCGAGCCAGCACCCAUCGGAGCACCCGGGAGCGAGCCAGCACCCAUCGGAGCACCCGGGAGCGAGCCAGCACCCAUCGGAGCAUCCGGGAGCGAGCCAGCACCCAUCGGAGCACCCGGGAGCGAGCCAGCACCCAUCGGAGCACCCGGGAGCGAGCCAGCACCCAUCGGAGCACCCGGGAGCGAGCCAGCACCCAUCGGAGCACCCGGGAGCGAGCCAGCCCCCAUCGGAGCACCCGGGAGCGAGCCAGCACCCAUCGGAGCACCCGGGAGCGAGCCAGCACCCAUCGGAGCACCCGGGAGCGAGCCAUCUUCCAUCGGAGCACCCGGGAGCGAGCCAGCACCCAUCGGAGCACCCGGGAGCGAGCCAGCUUCCAUCGGAGCACCCGGGAGCGAGCCAGCACCCAUCGGAGCACCCGGGAGCGGGCCAGCACCCAUCGGAGCACCCGGGAGCGAGCCAGCACCCAUCGGAGCACCCGGGAGCGAGCCAGCACCCAUCGGAGCACCCGGCAGCAAGGCGGCACCGAUCGGCACAGCUCGUCGUCUUCUUCGUGUGCAUGGGCUCCGCGGUUGCUGAUUUCCCUUGCAAGGCACUACCCAGCCCGUCGCCACGACCCCCCCCAGCUGAUCAACAUGCCUCCUGCCUAAGGCACGAGGAUUGGCUCUCAGCCGUGCAUCUUGGCUGGUGUCCGUGGCAGUGCUUGCUGGCCUGGCUCCUUCUCUUUUGCAAGUAGCCUUGGUGAUGGCGUGCAUGCCUCAUGCGAUCAACCUUGCCAAUAAAAUGCAUGCCCAUGUUUUCUAGUGAUGCCUCAAUAAAAUAUAUUUGUUCCA